AAGAGUGUACUGCAUGCACGCUCACUCCCUGUCUGACAGUAUUUCGAGACUUUUUCUGGAUCCACUUUUAAUUCAAGAGUGAAGUGCUUCAUCAUUAGGCUCUCUCCAUUUGGCAGGAUUAAUAUCACAAAGUGGAGAUGAUUAUAAAACUUGCAGAAGUGUUAAUGCUGUUGUGCAGUUUGCCCUUGUUCACUAAUGGCCAACAAAGUGUUUGCACUCUACUGACAACAUCACUGCAGACCUAUCAGUAUUAUGUCCAGGGAAGUACCAAGUAUCUUAUUCCUGUGGUUUUGCUGUGGCUGAGCACAUGUUACAGCACUUACUACAAUUCACAACUUCGAUACGGUUCAAAUAUUGUGUAUCACCAAGAAGUUGUUUGCUGCAGUGGAUACAGCAGUGUUGGAGGGGAUUGCUUACCAACAUGCCCCAACUGCCCCGAGUCCCACUCCUGUCUAGCACCUUAUUUCUGUGCCUGUCCAGAGAACUGGUCUGGUGAAGGAUGCACAGAGCCUCCACAGAAUGUGGCUCUCACAGCAACUGGGCCCGACACACUGCGUUCAGUUGGUCACCACCUCCACAGUUUCAGGCAACUCUCUAUGUUGUCAUUUUCCAACGUGCGACUUGACCAGUUUAAUCCAUCGAGUGAUCUGGUCAUGGACCUGGACUCGCUGAAUACAUACACAGCAUACACCUGCUGUGUAGCUGCUAACACUGCCUCCGGAGCAUCGAGAAUAGCCUGUGCCACACAUGUCAAAAACUCAUGGACGUGCUGUUUCAGGCCUUGACAAUAUCCUCAUGAAACUUUUAAAAAUACUGCCCCUUCCGGUUUCGCUCCGAAUCAUUUCAGGAAAAGGGCAAAGAUGUCUGCGAAAUAUCCUGUACCUAAUACAAUAUAUGCAGUUUAUAAGAAAAUCUAGUAACACUAUUUUCUCAUUUUUCAUUUUAAAGCUCCUGGAGAUGCACCACGGAAUAUGAAUUUGAAAACAUUGAACUCCACUGCCAUACACAUCCAAUGGGACCCUCCUCUCACUCCCAAUGGUAUCAUCAUUCAUUACACCGUCUACAUCAAUGGCAUUCCGAUUCGGAACAUUCCUGACUCCUAUGGGACACAAAGUACUUCCGUUGGUGGUUUCACUCCCAACCAAGCUUUGCGUGUUCGUCUGUCUGCUAGUACCAGUGUUGGAGAAGGGCCUAGGACCGCGUCUCAGACCGUGACUACACAUGAGUCAGUUCCUGGUCCAGUAAAGAAUCUGAGAGUAGUUCCACGCUCGGGGUACAUCCUCCGAGUCACUUGGAGCCCUCCAACCUACACUAAUGGAGUCCUCAUUGGAUAUACAGUUGUGGUCACAAACUUAGCGGACACCACGGAUACCAUCCGUAGAAUCACUUCAGCCAAUUCACCACAGCAAUUGACUGUCGACACAGGAAUUCGCCCCUAUAUAAGAUACAGAGUUUCAGUGACUGCCUCUACCAAAGUAGGACCAGGUGACCCAGUUAGAGUAACAUUGUAUUCACAGCAAGGAGCUCCACAGAGCCCUCCUCCGAAUGUAAACAGCACUCGAAAGUCACCCACCAAUGCCAGUGUAGAGUGGGAUGGGAUAAGGUGGGAGGACCUGAGAGGGUGGCUGGUGGACUAUGAGAUUGGGUACGGUUGUGUGAUGAUGUCUGUCCACCAGCAGUGCCCUGCUAAUGACUCCACCUACAAUGAGACCAUGUCUGUGGAUAGAGAGUAUGAAUUGACUGGUCUAGAUCCAGGACUGCAGUACUGUGUGAGGCUGGCUGGGAGGACCAGUGCUGGAGCUGGACCUUUCUCACACACACUCAUUCCAUGGUACACCAACAGUCUUUUCACAAUCACACUUGAGAAGGAAAACUGCUCAAAAUGGAUUGCAAUACAGCCAGCAGAGAUAGCCCAAGAUAUUGCCAAGAGCGUGAGCAACGGGAUUGAACUCACUUGCAACUGCACAUUCCCCAGCGAUUAUAUUACGGACAGACAGCUAAGUUGUCAAAACAAGAACCUGACAUUUAGGGGCAGGAUAAUAAGUACUCUAGAUAGAGAGAGCACUGUUCUCUUGGAAGACUUUCAAACGUGGCUAAUGAGUGAACCAACAGUAAAAGCCAAGAGUGAACAACUUAAACUCGCAAGGAACAGAAUCAGCAAAGAAGAAACAGAAUCAGCAAAGAAUGAAACAGGGUCAGCUACUGCCGGCAAUGGGAGGAUAGAGGACAAGUCUCCAAGUGGGUCUAGUAUUGUAGGAGCUACAGUUGGAGGAGUUGUGACUGUUGUAGUUCUACUGCUGGCUGUUGUUGUGUUCAUCGUAACUGCAGUAGUGGUGCGGAGGAAACUCAGGAGUAAGUCAUCUGUGAAGUGCGCACCAGUCAGUAUUUUGGAUGACGAGACCACCAGGAGUUCUCCCCUUCGAAAACACUCCUUCUCCUCAUUGUUUUCCAAUCAUGGAAGAGACAACACACAUCCCCGUAAGACGCCUCUCGGGCCAACAUUGACGACACCUCACAAUCCUCCAAACACACCACCAAAGCCUCCAGCUAAACCUCUGCGGAUAUCAGCCAAGACACCUCCGGAGCCUCAAAAGCUACCACUCAAGCCAUUGAAAAUGCAUCCCAAGCCUCAAACCCUACCGCCCAAGCCAUUGCUCAAGCCUCCACCACUAACACCUAAGCCAUUGCUCAUGCCUGGAACACUAGCACUCAAGCCACUGAAAAUACCACUGAAGCCUCCAUGCAACAACCCUAAACCUCCCGUGCCUCCAAAGAUAGUGCCCAAAAACAUGCGGAGGCUCCCACCAGUCCCAUAUGAACUGCCCGUCGCUCAACCUGAAAAUGUGUACGAGGAUCCUGAGAAAAUGGAGGCCAAUGGGGGAACCACGAGUCUGCGUAAUGCUGCAUAUCAAGGGGCCGGACGGAGAAUGAGGGCAGAAGACAUUGAGAAGCUCUACACUAAAGUGAAGAAACCAACAUGUUCCAACUGCCCCGAGUCCCACUCAUGUCUAGCACCUUAUUUCUGUGCCUGUCCAGAGAACUGGUCUGGUGAAGGAUGCACAGAACCUCCUCAAAAUGUAACACUCAAUGCAACUGGGGCUGAUAAACUAGAGAUCAGUUGGUCACCACCUCCAGAGUUAGCUGUAACUCUCUACAUUGUCAUUUUUCAAGAUGAAACGUAUCACGUUGAUCCAUCGAGUGAUCUGGUCAUGGACCUGGACUCACUGAAUACAUACACAGCCUACACCUGCUGUGUUGCUGCUAACACUGCAUCUGGAGCGUCGAGAAUAGCCUGUGUCACAAAAACCACCCAGGAAACAGCUCCUGGAGAUGCACCAGUAAAUGUGAUAGUUCAGAUCUUAAACUCCACUGCCAUACACAUCCAAUGGGACCCUCCUCUCACUCCCAAUGGUAUCGUCAUUCUUUACACCAUCUACAUCAACAGCAACCCACCCCUCAAUGUCAAUGCUACAAGUGGUACUCGAAACAUCUCCCUUAGUGGUUUCUCUCCCAACCAAAUGGUGACUGUAACUGUUUCAGCUAGUACUAAAGUUGGAGAAGGUCCACGCUCAGCGUCUACUAGUGUUGCCACUCACGAAUCAGUUCCAGGCCCAGUUGAGAAUCUGACAGUCAGUGCGUCAGCCUACAUGCUCCAUCUGAUGUGGAACCCUCCAACCUACCCAAACGGUGUCAUCACUGGAUAUACAGUCUUGGUGACAAACUUGAUAAAUGAUACGGAAACGAUUCAGUCCAAUGUACCUCCCAGUUCACAACAAAUGACUAUCACCAGUGGAAUUCGUCCGUUUGUGAGGUACAAUGUCUCAGUGACAGCUUCAACUGGAGAUGGACCAGGAGAAUCUGUUGAAGUAACACUGUAUUCACAAGAAGCAGCUCCACAGAGCCCCCCUCCAAAUGUUACUAGCUCUAGAACCUCAGCCACCACUGCUAAUGUAGAGUGGGAUGAUAUAGACUGGAAGGACCUGAGAGGGUGGCUGGUGGACUAUGAGAUUGGGUAUGGUAGUGUGAUGAUGUCUGCCCACCAGCAGUGCCCUGCUAAUGACUCCACCUACACUGAGACCCUGUCUGUGGAUAAUGAAGGAGAGUACGAAUUGACUGGUCUAGAUCCAGGACUGCAGUACUGUGUGAGGCUGGCCGGGAGGACCAGUGCUGGAGUUGGACCUUUCUCACACACCCUCAUUCCAUGGUAUUUCAACAGUUUAUUCACACUUACACUGGAAAAGGCAAACUGCACAGAAUGGAUUGCACAGGAUCCGGAAGAAAUAAUGCUGGACCUUGCCAGAGAUAUUGGCAGGGGUGUCGAACUUAUAUGCCACUGCAAAUUUCCCGAGAAAUAUAUUGCAAAUGGACAACUGAUGUGUCAGAACGACAGCCUAAUAUUAUACCAGGGAAGGAUUAUAAGCACUAAUGACAGGAGCAGCAGUGAUCUCUUGGCAGACCUUGAGAAAUGGCUGUUAAGUGAGCCGACAAUAAUCGUCCAGGGAGAAGUGCUCAAAAUAGUUAAAAGGAAAUCAGCUACUGAGCUAGUAACUCUCAGUACAAUCCCUGAGAAAACCCCUGCCAUAGAACGACCAGUAGAACAAACAGAGACUUCUUCAGACGAUAUUCUAGCGCCUAUCUUUGGCGGUGUGGCUGGAGUUGUUGCUGUUCUGGUUAUACUGGCGGUUGGAGUUAUUAUGACUGUCGUGGUGCUCCGCAAGCACAGAAGCAGCAGCAAAAGUAUUGAUAUGAAGUGCAAGACAGACAGCUCUGCAACUAAACCGACCACCACUAUGAAGCGAUACACAUCCAACACUUCCACUGCAUCACUAUCACUGGGCGUUGCAAAAGACUACGAAAAGCCGUUAAAAUCCGCGACCAUAAAGCAAGACCGAAAAAAGCAGGAGAUGCCGCUCGAUUACGAAACGCUUGUCGCUGAGACUGAAAACGUGUACGAGGAUCCUGAUGCCAUGACAGAGUCAACCGCAGCGGAGGAUUCGUCUUACCUCGCAGGCUAUGAAGUAAUGGCACCAGCAGAAAGGUUGUACGAGAGUGGGGAACAGGCGAGGAGAUGCCGCUCGAUUAUGAAACGCUUGUCGCUGAGACUGAAACGUUUACGAGACCUCAUGCCAUGA